CGAGUGCAGAAAAUGCAUCAAGUCAAGCUGUGGGAUUUAAAAAGGGUCUUCGGACGAGGGUAGGAGCACUUUGCUUUCGGUCACAAAGCUCACCCCUCUUCACGAUGCAAGACCUACCGGAAUACACCGCACCGCAGGUGGCGGCACACAAUAGCAGGAAUGACUUGUGGAUUGUUAUCCGUGGGAAGGUGUACGACAUCACGUCCUACGUGAGGGACCAUCCGGGAGGUGCUGAUGUUCUGAUUGAGAGUGCUGGGACCGACGCGACCGAAGCCUAUGAGGAUGUUGGGCAUUCUGAGGACGCCGAUGAGAUCCUUCAAACGUACUUAAUCGGGACCCUCAAAGAUGCACGCAAGCAAAGCCGCCCCCAAGCCGUUCGAAUAAUCCAGCCUCCACCCCCUGCACCAGCAAAACCAUCUGCAAGCAAGCUCAAGGCUUUGGCCUUGGCUUCAUUCUGCAUCGGUGCUGCCGGCAUCUCCGUCUACUUCGGUCGUCGCAUCCACACAACGCUACCGGUGUCAUGGCCUGGUGGUCUCAAGCAAUUCAGACAAUGGCCGCGCGCACUGCCCACACCUGGCGGUUUCGCAACCGGAUUCGCCGCUGCGACAAUUAUUUCCACUGUUAUCGGGUCUAUUGUCGCGCGGAAGCUGUCUGCGAUGACACAGAUCGCCUCGGGCUUCACGAGAUACCCACCGCACGUGAAGAGUCGCAGGGGUCCCCGGAGCAAUCCUCAUCUCGUCAAGGGAUUCCUCGACCCCAAGGAAUAUAAAAGUUUACCACUAAUUCGCAAAGAGGCUCUGUCAUCGAGCGUCUUCAAGUUCGUGUUCCAGCUUCCAACCCCACAAACCGUCAUCGGGCUUCCCAUCGGGCAGCAUGUCGCAAUCAAGGGAGACAUCGAUGGGGUCGUGGUCUCCAGAUCAUAUACACCGACGUCAAACAACCUUGACCGUGGAGUUCUGGAGCUUGUGAUCAAGUGCUACCCCGAUGGACUCUUGACGGGUCGGUAUCUCGCCAACCUCCAAAUUGGCGAGCACGCUCAGUUCCGCGGACCCAAGGGAGCAAUGAAGUACACCAAGGGCCUGUGCAAGAAAAUAGGGAUGAUCGCAGGCGGGACUGGAAUCACUCCCAUGUACCAACUAAUUCGGGCAAUCUGCGAAGACGCGACUGAUUUGACCGAAGUGAGCCUAAUCUACGCGAACCGCUCUGAGGAGGACAUUUUGCUCCGGGAGGAACUGGAGGCUUUUGGGCAAGCGAAUCCGCGAAACCUCAAGGUCUGGUAUAUGCUCGAUGUCCCGCCUGAGAACUGGACUUAUGGAACGGGAUACGUGACUGCGGAGAUUAUGAAGGAGAGAUUGCCACCUUCGUUGCCAGAUACCAAAGUCAUGCUUUGUGGGCCGCCAGGGAUGGUCAAUGCGUCUAAGAAGGCCCUCGUUAGCUUGGGAUACCAGGCCCCUGGUGCUGUUGCGAAAAUGUCUGAUCAGAUAUUUUGUUUUUAA